GGUUAUCUUAGGGGGCCACACCCCGAGCCUUUGACCUAAUGGUCUAACCCACAAGGCAGUGGAACAUCGUGAGGAGAUGCAAUCCCAUGGUAGCCGGUGACCAACGAUUGGUUCAUACGCCAUUUGUUCCCGCAGGAUACUGGAGCCCAUGUGCACCAUUGGUUUGUGAUCCGGUUAAAGCGCCGGACGUUCGCUUUUCGUCCUCUCAUUUUCGUAAACAACACCCCCGCCACGAGAAGGCAAUGAGUAGGACUUCCCUGGCAGAGGCUGUAUACGCGCGGCCGUGUGAGAGUAUUUCGAGAGGGAGAGCGGACUCUCCCCACUCUCGGCCGUACCAGGGCGUUCGGGGGCAAUCAGUAUAAGUAAGACAAUGGAGUAAAGUCUAUAUCGUCGUUAAAUUCGGGAAGGUUCUGGCAUUCAUUUCUCGACAAUAAUGCGUAGUUUACAAUCCCUCAUUAUUAUACAGAGCCCUUAUUCAACCUCAAAAGCAUCAUCCCAUCGGUGUGUUUGUUUUUCCGGUAGUAACUGAACAUUGAUGUCAAUUUAAGUGCUAUAACUUAAACUAGCAAAAUGACGAUUACGUUCAGUCUAAUGAAAACAGAUUUUCGAGAAGAACGAAAGCUGAAUAUAGUGGUUCUUUCUUAAUUGAACCUAAUUCCACAACUCGGCGCAUCAAAUAUAGUAUGACUAGUUUUAACUUACUUGUAUACGUACAAUGACGUCUGAACACAUUGGAGUUGUUGAUGCUCUCCCCUACUUCGACAAAGGAUACGAUGAUCCUGGGAUUAGAGAAGCUGCAGCUCUUCUCGUCGAAGAGGAGAUGAAGCGAUAUAGACCAACGAAAAAUUAUCUGGAACACCUCCCUUCUUUAUCUGGUCCUAUUCAAAUGAAGUUUGAGACUGAGGUGAUGAAAGCUGAAUUUGAUAGGCUCUCAAAUCGUUUGCCUAUGGAAAUGCUAAGUAUGAAACGUUACGAGCUACCCCCACCCCCGGCUGGAAAAAUGACCGAUGUGAAAGCAUGGCAAGAUGCAAUGGAAAACGCUGAAGCACAGUUAGAACACCAAGCAACAAGAAUUGAGAAUUUAGAACUAAUGGCAGAUUAUGGAUGUAAUGCUUGGAAGCAAUACAACAAUGUUUUGGAAAGCUCUCUGCAAAUUUACGAGAAAGAGCUCUUAGAAAUAAGGCGAAAAAUCCAGGAAAUAAACUGGCGCCGUAAACAAGAGCAAACAGCUGCUGGAAGACAUCUCAAGGAAUUAGAAGAAUCGUGGGUCGGUUUGGUUGGCAAAAACUAUGAAAUCGAGCAAGCCAUAUCAGAACUAGAGCAGGAACUAGGUGUAUUUUCAGAACCAAUGGAUAGUGAAGAUCAGUGAAGUUGUAUAUAUAUGCAUAUUAAUAUACUUUAUUUUCUAAAUGUAAAAA